AUGGGAAGACAUUUGUUUUUGUUCAUCAUCCCAUUUCUUCUGGACCGCGGUCCUUCUUCACACCUUUACCUUUGGGUACGAUUCUGGGCGCACCAGCCGGGGUCACACAAGAGUAAGACGACACGGGUGUUGCAUAUUCCCCCCCGCCGCCUUCUCCCUGCGGCGUAUUUCAGACCAAAAAAUCUCUCUGUAACAACAACUCCAAACUGUUUUUACGCGCAGGUCGGGUCGUUCGUGUUCCGCAUCUACGACGCGAGCGAUCCGGUGGGCACCCUGGCGACGAGCCACGCUUGGCAGGUGGACGCGCAGGGGAGAGACGUGGAGCUGAGCCUGAGGUUCGUCCUCAACCAGCUCCGCAGCACCGACGGGAAGGGUUCGGUCAUGGGGGCACUCGCCCAGCUGUCACACCUGCUGGGACACCUCGAGACCGCCCCGCCUCAGCGGUACAACCGGUCAGUGGGGAGCGCGCUCUGGAACGCCGUGACUUCGGCCCGCAAGCAGCUCAAGGGCGUCAAGCUCACGUCUUCCGGCAAGGGUGGUGGUGGCGGCGGCGGCGGCGGGACGUCGAACCGUGAUAAGGAUUCUGCCGCUGACGACCGCAAGCUGAGAGCUGUUCACGGGGCCGUGUGGUGCGUGUUGAACGCCAUCGUCAAGAACCCCGCGGCCGGCGCUCUCCUGGCGGAAGCCCCGCCGCAGAUGGACCCGUUCAACAUCAACAGGAAGGGGGCCAGCCUGCCCUGCGUGGCGGUGUGCAGGCUCUGGCAGGCCCUGGCCAAGCACUACAAGGACGACUUCGGCUUCACCCCUAGCGAGGCGCGCUUGGAGGACAUCGACCAGGCCGUGCUGAGCUCUCUAACAGAUCAGAUGAGCGCCUUGCUCCCAACCCUUCUCCCGUCACCGGACUUCGGCGAGAAGCGGGAGAAGGUGCGCGCGUCUCUGGAGCGCACCCUGAUGAAGCAGCUGCCUAAGAUGAUCCCGAAGGGAAGCACGCUCCGAGUCUUCGGCUCCAGCAGCAACGGCUUCGGAAACGACGGCGCGGAUCUUGACAUGUGCAUCGAGUAUGCCAGAGGCGUUCAGCACCCCGACGACGCCGGCGCCCUGAUCGAGUCCAUCGCCGAAAAGCUCAAGGCCGCGGGCAUGACCAAGGUGGACAGCAGGCCGACGGCUCGCAUCCCUAUCGUCAUCUUCAACGACGGAGCCUCCGGCCUUGACUGCGACAUCUCGGUCAUGAACCCCUUGGCCGUCCGCAACACUCGCCUUAUGAAGGCGUACUCCGUGGCAGACCCCCGCGUCAAGGAGCUGGCGUACGUGCUCAAGCGCUGGGCCAAGCGUCGGUGGGUCAACAACGCGAGCGAGGGCACGCUGUCGUCCUACGGCUACCUGCUGUGCCUCUUGCACUUCCUGCAGACACGGAACCCCCCGGUUGUUCCCAACCUCCAGGCGCUGCCGCCGGACUGGGCAGGCGAACCGCUUCACGGGGUUCCCAGGUUGCCGGUCGUGAUGACCAAGCAGCCCACGGAUGGCUUGGACUGCGACACGUACUUUUACGACCCGCUGACGCCAGGCAGGGACGGGGAGCGCAGGGCCGCCGUGCUGCGAGAGUUCGGGUCCCGCAACACCGCCUCGUCGGGAGAACUCCUGGCGGGAUUCUUCCGCUACUUCGCUCUCGAGCUGGACUGCAGGACCAGCGUGGUGAGUGUCCGUCUCGGGGGUCUGGCCGACCGCGAGAGGAAGGCGGAAGCUUGCUGCUGGAGCAUGCACACCCGCCUCAGCCUGGAAGACCCUUUCGAAACCUCGUACGACGUCGCACACGUCCUCAAGUGGUCUCGCUUCAAGCACGUGCGGAUGGAGUUCGCCAGGGCCUACGCUCUGCUGGCCGGAGGUGGAGGCGGAGGCGACGCCUCCUCCCUGCUGGAGACAAUAUGCAGCCAGGUUGUGUUGGGGUGUUUUGUGUGA